UCUGAGAUAUGUCCUAAAAUAUGAUCUCCAAUAAGAAGUGUAACAAAUUUGACCCAGAUAAAGACAGGAAGUGGAACUUGUCUGAUCUGGACAGGAAGUGGAACUUGUCUGAUCUGGACUGGAAGUGGAACAGGUCUGACCUGGAUCUGGACAGGAAGUGGAACUUGUCUGACCUGGAUCUGGACUGGAAGUGGAACAGGUCUGACCUGGUCCAGGACAGGAAGUGGAACUUGUCUGAUCUGGAUCUGGACUGGAAGUGGAACUUGUCUGAUCUGGUCCAGGACAGGAAGCGGAACUUGUCUGAUCUGGACAGGAAGUGGAACUUGUCUGAUCUGGACUGGAAGUGGAACAGGUCUGACCUGGAUCUGGACAGGAAGUGGAACUUGUCUGACCUGGAUCUGGACUGGAAGUGGAACAGGUCUGACCUGGAUCUGGACAGGAAGUGGAACUUGUCUGACCUGGUCCAGGACAGAAAGUGGAACUUGUCUGACCUGGUCCAGGACAGGAAGUGGAACUUGUCUGACCUGGAUCUGGACAGAAAGUGGAACAGGUCUGACCUGGUCCAGGACAGGAAGUGGAACUUGUCUGACCUGGUCCAGGACAGGAAGUGGAACUUGUCUGACCUGGUCCAGGACAGGAAGUGGAACUUGUCUGACCUGGUGCAGGACAGGAAGUGGAACUUGUCUGACCUGGUCCAGGACUCUGUCACAUGUCGAAGGCUGAAGGGAGGAGUAAAGACAAAUCCUGCCUGAAUCUUUCAGUCCAGUUUGGCACAAG